CCCCAGCAGGGCUACAGUACCAGUUGCUGUUCCAACGUCGUCAAGCAGGUGCCGCCGCCGCGCCGCUGACCGUCGAACAACAUGUCCAAGAUCAACAAGUCCAAGAGGAAUUACCUGUAUAGCCCCUAUGACAUGCAAGUGGAGAACGCAGAUGAAGAUGACAUGAUGGACCCUGUAUUAAGCGGACUUCCGUCGAAUUUGACGCGGAAUCUCUGGGACGACUGGAACGAAGACAACGCCCUUCAAGAUGAUACGACUCUAGCCAACUUUGCAAGCGGCAUGGACAUGACGUACGUGGACGACAAACAACCGGCCACGUCGUCGUCCGACGCCCUUCUCGACAGCCUCAUGGCGGAAAGCAACAUCAAGGCCGAAAACGGCGGCGGGUUCGACGACAUGAUGAGUCCGCCGACGUCCGUGCAGAACUUUACGCAUCAGGACGUGGCCGACAUGAUGCUUCCUCCCUCUGCGUUCGGGUACAAUCCUGCUGUCGCGAUACCGUCUAAGGACACGUCCGACAUCACGUCGCACCCGUCGGCGUCCUCUGGUCGCCCACGGCGCUCAUCAAAUCCGUCUCCAUACCCCAACAACUCUCCCCACCCCCCAUCGCAGUACGGAAGCUCGAGCAACGGAGGCGUGCAUGGACGCACCAGCUCUGCGUCGUCGUCCUCUGGAGCGGCGGCGGCGCCAGUGUCUCCUCCGCGGGAAUCCAUGGCCAACAUGCCCGUGUAUUCGCCCCAAGCGGCGGUAUCGUCGCCCGUCGUCCCCGCUUCGUCCGGAUACCAACACACCACGGCCGCCCUUGGCGGCGGGAACGUCUUUAACCCCGUGCACUCUGUCGGCGGGUAUUCGACCAUGCAUGCGGCAACUCACUCGUCCAUGUUUGCUUCCCAUCCUCCUCCUUCAUCCAGCACGAACGGGUCGUCGGCGUUCGGUCCAACGUCGUUUCACAUGCCUUCCCAGCACCAACAGCUUCAACAGAGCCAGCAUCAUGGAAGCGGCGGCGGCGGAUUGUUUCUAAACACCCAUCACAGUGGCGGCCAGCAGUUUGCGCCGCCGCCACCGUCGGCGGCGGCCAAUCCCCUCCAAAUGGCGCACUCCCCCCAAGGACAAGGUCACACUCCCAUGUUUGGCCACCCGUCAUCGACGUCAUCAUCUUCUUCGUUUGGGCACGCGUCGCCAUACAACAACAUGAUGAUACCCCCUGGCUUUAUCAUGUACAACCAAGGACCACACCACCCGAUGCCGCCCCAGCAUCAUCCCCCUCAUCACGGCCAACAACCAUCGCAGCAGCAUUUCCAGCCGACCGCCGCCGCUUCCAUGAUGAUGAACCCAUUCCUCAACCUCCCGCCCUCCAUGCUGAAUGGCGGCGGCGGCGUCGGUCUCAACCCCAUGCCCUUCUCGAUGGGGAUGCCGCCGCCGGGCGGUCCGUCGUCGAUCGCGGCGGCAAAGCCGCCGCUCAAGCCGCAUGUGCCGUUAGCACGCAAGCCCGGCACGGGCGAAAUCAGCUCCAUGCUGCAGAGUUUGCUGGACGAAGAAGCGGAAAAGCGAGACAAAAAGCUCGAACGCAACCGCGAUUCGGCCCGGGAAUCCAGAAAGAAGCAGCAAAAGUACGUCGAAGUGCUCGAAGAUGGCAUCCAGCACCUGCAGAUCGCCAAGGAAUCGCUCGGACGGUUCCGGUUUGGACGUUCCCCCCCCGCCCAACUCGACUUGCUGUGUGGAUUGCGGCCGUCGCUGCCGUCGUUUGCCGUCGUGAUGCAUGCGUCGCGGCAGAGGCGCAUGCUGGGCCAUCCCAAGCAUCCGUUACUGGACAAGGUGUUUUCGGCGCUGGGGCGGACGCUGGCGCUGUUGCAAGCGAGCCUCCUGGACAUGACCAUGCUAUGGGACGCCGCCUCCAACGGUCUCGCCGACGUCCUGCGCCUAUCGCCGACCCAGCAGCAGCAGCUGGACGACCUCGCGGCCGUCGUGCGCCGGCGUGAGAUGCCGCGCCUGGCGCUGCUUGUGAAAGCAUUCAAAGUGCUACGCCGCCGAGCAUUUGAGCUUGGGGCGUUCGCGCCGUCGUUGGACGUGUACUUUCGCGCGGUGCUCACGCCCGACCAACUGGCCAAGAUGGUCACGUGGACGGAAAUGAAUCGGAGCGAUCUCCUGCGAUUGCAAUCGACGAUGACUAGCGACCACUAUGCCAAACCGAUGCUGGUAAAGUCGUAAUGAGAAAUGAACACAUUGUCACACAUUCA